GCACGGCCGCGCUGGCUCCGCCCUCGGCGCGGCAGGUCUGGUUUCCGGCGGGAGCGCGACCUGCCCGCGGAGGUGACGCUGCGGCUUGUGGCGCGGAGCUUUUAGCAGUCUGCUCUGUCGUCUCCACGUUUGCCCGCCAGAAUGCCUCACUUGGAAAACGUGGUGCUUUGUCGCGAGUCCCAGGUGUCCACCUUACAGUCCCUGUUUGGAGAGAGACAUCAUUUCAGCUUUCCAUCCAUUUUUAUUUAUGGACAUACUGCCAGUGGCAAGACUUACGUAACACAGACUUUGUUGAAAACUUUAGAGCUCCCACAUGUCUUUGUGAAUUGUGUUGAAUGCUUUACCUUGAGGCUGCUUUUGGAACAAAUUUUAAACAAGUUGAAUCAUUUUAGUUCUUCAAAGGAUGAAUUUUCUACUGAAAUAAUGUGUGAGACAUUAAAUGAUUUUGUUCGCUUGUUUAAGCAAAUAACCAAAGCUGAAAAUCUCAAGGAUCAGACUGUAUAUAUUGUUCUAGAUAAAGCAGAGUAUCUAAGAGACAUGGAAGCAAAUCUUUUGCCUGGGUUUCUUAGGUUACAAGAAUUGACUGACAGAAAUGUGACUGUUAUCUUUCUCAGUGAAAUUAUUUGGGAAAAAUUUCGUCCAAAUGCUGGAUGCUUUGAGCCAUUUGUCUUGUAUUUCCCUGAUUAUAGCAUAGGGAACCUUCAAAAGAUCCUGUCCCAUGAUCAUCCUCCAGAGUAUUCAGCUGACUUCUAUGCCGCCUACAUUAAUAUUCUUCUUGGAGUUUUCUACACAGUUUGUCGGGAUUUGAAAGAGCUCAGACAUCUGGCAAUACUUAAUUUUCCUAAAUAUUGUGAACCCGUGGUUAAAGGAGAAGCAAGUGAACGUGAUACUCGCAAACUGUGGAGAAAUAUUGAACCUCAUUUGAAGAAAGCCAUGCAGACUGUUUAUCUCAGGGAAAUAUCAAGUUCCCAGUGGGAAAAGCUACAGAAAGAUGACACAGAUCCAGGACAGCUGAAAGGUCUCUCAGCACAUACUCAUGUGGAACUUCCAUAUUACUCUAAGUUUAUUCUAAUUGCUGCGUACCUCGCUUCAUACAAUCCAGCAAGAACUGACAAGAGGUUCUUUCUUAAGCAUCAUGGGAAAAUCAAGAAAACCAACUUUCUAAAGAAACAUGAAAAGACAAGCAAUCAUCUCCUUGGACCAAAACCAUUUCCAUUAGACAGAUUAUUAGCAAUACUAUAUAGUAUCGUGGACAGCAGAGUUGCUCCAACAGCAAAUAUCUUUUCCCAGAUUACUUCUCUAGUGACCCUUCAGCUGUUAACCCAGGUUGGCCAUGAAGAUCAGCUUGAUGGACCAAAAUACAGAUGCACGGUGUCUCUAGACUUCAUCAGAGCUAUUGCAAGGACGGUGAACUUUGACAUAAUAAAAUACUUGUAUGAUUUCUUGUGAAAACAAGCUUCAAAGCCAUAUGGACACUGUGACAAUGACUAAGCCAAGCUGUGUUCAUCCAACUACUUAGCUGGCCAGGGAGAGGAGUUCUUUGGCUCUAUUGGAUUUGUCCAAACAGGUGCUGGCCCAGCAUGGAAUCUGAUGAAAAUAUUCUGAUUGGUCUGGGUGGAUGUGAGCAGAAGACUAUUUACCAGGGACCCUGGAGUAUUUGGAAGCAACGUGUUAAUUAUAAACAGCAGGGUUUGAGCACAAUCUGUUCUACUCUUAAUGAUGUUAUCUUAACACUGAAAUUGCCUGAAACCCAUUUACUUAGGACUACGUUUUGCUCUGUGAACUAUCCCCUGCGCUUUGAACGUGCCAGCAGCCCUUGUUUAUAUGCCCAGUCUUUUCACUUCCUCUCUACAGGAGCCUCUGCCGUUGCUUGCCAAAGCAGAUUUUCCUAGGGCCACCAUUUUAAAAGAUCUUAGUUGCAAAAUAUAAUAAAUACAAGUUCUUUUUUAAAUCCAA